AUCUUACUUACUGGCCAUGUCGCGAGUUACAGAUUUUUCUAAACGCCAGGAGAGAAUGAGGGAGAUAAGCGAACGGAAUAAAGAGAAGGAGAGAAUGAGGGAGAGGGAGAGAGAGGCGAGAGAGAGGGAGGCUCGCUACAGUAACGGACAUCUCUUCACUUCCCUCACUGUCUCUGGAACGACACUCUGCACCGCCUGUAACAGGAGCAUCACAGCUAAAGAGGCCCUCAGCUGCCCAACCUGUAAUGUCACCAUCCAUAACCGCUGCAGAGACACAAUCCCCAACUGUGUUAAGAUGAAGCAAAGGCAGCAGAAGCUGGCACUGAUGAGGAGCAGCACGGCCUACCAGAGCGUCACACUACGCAAUAAGACUCAUUUAAAGGAGAGGCCCAGUUCAGCCAUCUACCCCUCAGACAGUCUUCGUCAGUCACUACUGGGUUCCCGCCGUGGACGUUCCUCCCUCUUGCUCUCCAAGAGCGUCUCCACCAAUAACAUUGCCGGGAAUCUGAAUGAUGACUCUCCUUUGGGACUGCGCAGGAUCUUAUCUCAAUCCACAGACUCACUCAACUUCAAGAGCAGGACCAUGUCCAUGGAGUCUCUCAAUGAUGAAGGGGAUGUGUAUUUCGCCUCAAUGCUUGACGAACUGGCGGCUGAGGGGCGUGACUUUGAGGCUGAUUCGUGGAGCAUGGCAGUAGACUCCGCCUAUCUACAGACACACCGCAAGGAUGUCAUCAAGAGACAGGAUGUGAUAUAUGAGCUGAUUCAGACAGAGCUGCACCACGUGCGCACGCUGAGGAUCAUGGACGGGGUGUUUCGGCGUGGCAUGCUGGAGGAGGUGCAGUUAGAGGCAGGAGUGGUGCACGCACUCUUCCCCUGCCUAGAGCGACUUCUGACCAUCCAUACGCGCUUCCUCUCUCAGCUCCUCACACGCCGAAACUACAGCCUGCAGCCUGAAAGCACACACAACUUUACUAUACACCAGCUCUCUGACAUACUGCUCCAACAGUUCUCAGGUCACAGUGCUGAUGAGAUGAGGAAGGUCUAUGCUGAGUUCUGCAGUCGUCAUCUGAAGGCUGUCAAACUAUACAAAGAGCUACUUGCCAGAGACAAGAGACUUCAAUACUUUAUACGGAAGGUGAGUAGGGGUCCUCUGCUACGUCGUCAUGGUUUCCAGGAGUGUAUAUUGUUGGUCACCCAGCGCAUCACAAAGUACCCUGUCCUGGUCCAACGUAUCCUUGACAACACCAAAGACAGUCCAGAGGAGGAGGCAGGCCUGACCCAGGCUCUGGGUUCGAUCAGGGACUUGCUCAGCUCCAUAGACCAGCAGGUGCUGGAACUGGAGCGGACCCAGCGGCUGCAGGAGAUCAGCUCCAGGCUGGAUCCCCGGGCAGAGGCCAAACUGGGCUGUGGGGGUUUCUUCAGAGGGGCUGAACUCUUACGCAGGCGUCUUAUACACGAGGGCAGUCUCUUCUGGAAAACGCCCAGCUCCAGACUCAAAGACAUGCAGGUCCUGCUGAUGACUGACAUCCUCGUCUUCCUUCAGGAGAAAGAUCAGAGAUACAUUUUUCCCUGUCUGGAUAAGCCAGCCGUAGUGCCUCUGCAGAAUCUUUUGGUGAGGGACAUAGCCAAUCAGGAGCGAGGAUUCUUCAUCAUCAACAGUGAGUCCAGCCCACCUGAGAUGUAUGAGCUCCAUGCUGCAUCUAAAGACGACAGGAACACCUGGAUGCGUGUCAUAUUAGAAACUGUCCGCAGUUGUCCAACAAGAGAAGAAUUCCCCCUGAUAGAGACUGAAGAUGAAGCCCUCCGGCGAAGACUCAAAGCGGACAUCCAGCAGAAGGACAGAGAGGUCCUGGAGUUGCUUCAGGAGAGGGUUAUCCUGUUCUCUGACCUGGCAGAGGUCACCGGAGGUCACUCUGUCAUACUGCCGGCCAGUUCUCGCAACCUGUUCCGCGCAGACACACCUCAAGCCCCCCGCGGCGAGCAGCUUCUCAACCAGGCCGUCGUCGAGGUGGACAGGCUGACUGAGUUGUUGCUUAGCUCUAGUUUUGAGGUUCCUCUGUCCUGCAGUUCCAAUGGUCACCAGACUCCCACGGCAGCGCUGAUGAUCAAUGGACAGGAGGUGUUGGUUAACGGUUCUCAGGACAGUCCAGCGACUCAGGAUGGUAACGGAAAUCAAACGGAUGCCAUGGAUCCGAGAGAGGAGGUGUCUCAGAGGCUGGUUAAUCUCAGUGUUCAUCUUCAUGCUCUUCAGGGGGCAGUGAUGAGACAGGACUCUAUCCUGGAGUUUUGUCUGCGUGAGGCCUCUGUUUCCCCAGCGGCCGCGGGGCGUCCGGUCCGCUCCCUGUCGCGUGACGGAGGUAGUGAGGGGGGCUCUCUGGGCGAGCUGGCUCUGCUCCAGAGACAGCACAGCCUCCUGCAGGAGGAGCUGGGACGUCUGCGCAGGACCGAGGGACGUCUGAGAGAAAGCGAAAAGGCUCGAGUCCAGCUGGAGAAACAGCUCAAGGAACUCAAGGCCAACAGCGCCACCCCUGUGGACAGUACUGGAAGCGCAGUCUCACAGGUUCCACCUCCUCGUAGAGAGAGUGAAACAGACCCCAACACCAACACUCCAUUGGCCAGCCAGGAAUCAAUGGACCAAUCGGAUGGUCUGCAGGACUGCAGUGAUGUGGAAGUGGACAUAAUCUCUGACGACGAUGGUGACAGUGAUGAUGACGAUGAUGGUGACGAUGGUGAUGAUGAAGGUCUUGAAAAUGUGAAGCUCUCAUCUCCUCCUGAAAGCCAGGACCUGCAGGAUAUACCAGAGGAGAGCGAAUCAGGAGCUGAUCCCAGGGAGAGGGAGGUGUCUCACUGCUGACAGCGUGGAGAGGCGAGACCGGAUUAUAACAGGACCCGUCCGACACUCCUCAGCGGAGAGCCUGUGUGGAUCUUCCUCCGCAACCACAUCCAUAUAAGGCUUAUUAAAACCGCAGUCCUUCUGAGUGAAGUGCGUUUUCCACACGGUGAUGUCGCUUUGUAAUUCAGCAUGUGGCAGUAUUAAUACACGUGAUCUUUCUCUUCUGGAAUCCAAACAUAAUGAACUGAUAAUAACAGAUAAUGCCAAAGGAGGACGAUAAACUGUGAGGAGGAGGAGGAGGAGGAGGAGGAGGAG